AUGGCAGCCACACACUACCUCGCAGCCAUAUCCCUCAUCGACGCCGCGCACGCCCAGGACCCAAACACGCACACCUCAACCAACCCAGCCACCAAAUCCACCACCACUAUCCCCUACGAACUCCACUACGCCCGCAAAAUGACACACUACCUAACCGCGCACUCCCCCAUCCUAGCCGCUUCCCCGAUCCUCGCCGUCGCCAUCCGCGCGCAGCACUUCCGCCGCUGGGAAGUCCCGCGCAGCUCGUACCCCGCGACUCGGGCGGGGUAUCUGGCGUGGCGCGCGUUUCUGAAGAAGAGGCAGGCGGAGGGCGUGGAGCGGGUUUGUGUGGAGGCUGGGUUUGCGGAGGGGGAGGCGAAGGAGGUGGGGCGGUUAGUUAGGAAGGAGGGGUUAGGGAGGAGUGGUGGGGAUGGGGAUGGUAAUGGGGAGAUGCAGGUUUUGGAGGAUGUGGCGUGUCUUGUGUUUUUGGAUGAUCAGUUUGAGGGGUUUGCGUUUGGUGAUGGGGGGUUGGAUGAGGACAAGGUGGUGGGGGUGCUGAGGAAGACGUGGGGGAAGAUGAGUGAGAGGGGGAGGGAGUUGGCGUUGCAGAUUCCGAUGUCUGAUGCUUGUAAGGAGUUGGUGGGGAAGGCUUUGGCGGGGUGA